UCCAACUGAGACAGGAAGGAGGGGCACACUUUGAACCCCCACCACUGGAUUAGGUGGUGCAGGUGGUAGAACGGUAGAACAUAGAGUGCUCAGGCAUGUCUCUUCGUUGUAUCAGCAGACUGCCAAUUUUCACCAGCAUCAAUCGACGUCAACUUCUGCGCUGUACCUCAAUCCCCUCUUUAACAAGAUAUCAGGCUUCUCCUAGAACCUGCAAACAAUUUUCUGUACCCUCCUCUCGCAACUACCUCGCGAAGUCCAUCCAAGCACAUCAAGCCCAAAAGAUGGCUCCCCAGCUAGACGGUUUCUUCAAACAAGUCGACGAUCUCUCAGGCCACUUCAUCGAUCGUCUUCGAAAAGCAGUCGCUAUUCCUUCCAUCUCCGCUGAGGAUGAACGCCGUCCAGAUGUCGUGCGAAUGGGAAAGUGGCUUGCAGAUGAAUUGACAGCACUGGGAGCUGAGGUCGAGCAGAGACCACUUGGACCGCAACCACACAAGGAAUAUCUUGAACUCCCUCCGGUUGUUAUUGCUCGAUAUGGAAAUGAUAAGAACAAGAGAACAAUCUUGGUUUACGGACAUUACGAUGUUCAGCCCGCUGGGAAGGAAGAUGGCUGGGCUACUGAGCCAUUCGAGUUAACGAUUGAUGACAAGGGGAGAAUGUUUGGUAGAGGAAGCACGGAUGAUAAGGGGCCUGUUUUGGGAUGGCUCAAUGCGAUUGAGGCUCAUCAGAAGGCUGGUGUUGACUUCCCCGUCAACCUACUAAUGUGCUUUGAGGGUAUGGAGGAGUAUGGAUCGGAAGGCUUGGAUGACUUCAUCAAAGCCGAGGCCAUCAACUACUUCAAAGACGCAGAUGCCGUCUGCAUCUCAGAUAACUACUGGCUUGGUACCGAGAAGCCUUGCCUGACAUAUGGUCUUAGAGGCUGCAGUUAUUACUCUAUAGAAAUAUCCGGACCAGGCGCAGAUCUCCACAGCGGUGUGUUUGGAGGUACAGCUCAGGAGCCUAUGACCGAUUUGGUUCGAGUCCUCGGAAGCUUGGUUGAUACCAAUGGCAAGAUCCAAAUUCCAGGUUUGGCCGAGCUUGUUGCCCCUCUUACCGAGGAAGAAAAGGGUCUCUAUGGUGACAUUGCUUUCACCAUGGACAACAUCUACGAAUCCUUGGGCAGUAAGACCACAAUCCACGAGACUAAGGAGAAUACUCUCAUGGCUCGUUGGCGCUACCCUUCACUCUCAAUUCACGGCGUUGAGGGUGCUUUCUCACAACCAGGUGCCAAAACCGUGAUUCCAGCAAAGGUCAUUGGUAAAUUCUCAAUCCGAACGGUACCAAACAUGGAACCCGAUGAUGUCGAUCGCUUAGUAUUCAAGUAUGUCAAAGAGCAAUUCGAGAAACUUGGUAGCAAAAACAAACUCAAUGUUUACCUUCAACACGCGGGCAAGUGGUGGGUCGCUAGUCCAAAACACUGGAACUUUAGUGCUGCAGCUAAGGCGGCGGAGAGAGUUUGGGGUGUCAAGCCCGAUUUGACUAGAGAAGGUGGCAGGUAAGUGACAUAACACGCUUAAGACAUUGCUGGAAUAGCCUGAUCACUAACACUUCAUUAGCAUUCCCGUGACCUUGACUUUUGAGCAAGCAACGGGCAAGAAUGUGCUUUUACUUCCUAUGGGUAGCUCUACUGAUGGUGCGCACUCGAUCAACGAGAAGCUUGAUGAGAAGAAUUACAUUGAGGGUAUCAAGUUGUUAGGUGCAUAUUUGCACUACGUUGCUGAAGAGCCAAUGGUCUCAUAAUUGGCAGACUGAGAGUGGCG